UCCUCGUUCUUCACGACACAAACAAUAAGGCCAUUUUCUAACCUGACACUUGCUCACGCAGUGACAGACUAACUUUCACUUGAACCUAUAGAAAAUACCCAGCUCAGAGGGCCGUUCAAAGGGAUAUCCGCCGUUCUCGGGAGGUACUGAAGUUGCAAGGCGGUUUCACGACCGAAUUACUAGCGGAAUUCCCCUACUCGAGGUCACUCUAGCUCGCUCAUUAUGGCUUCAAGUGUGCCUUCAGACUUAGAUGCAUCUUUCGUAUUGGUUAACGACGACUACGUUCCGUCGUCGUCAGCUUCAGCAGGGACUCCAACGCCUGGUGCGAUGCAAUCCCGGCAUUUAAAUUCUACAUUGCUUAGUCCCGCAACACCAUCGUACGCUCAUGAUUGGUCCCCUAGUGGAACUGGAGGAAAACUGUCUCAGCAUGGUCGUCACUUCAUUGAUGCUCACGGGAGAGUCUGUCACUUGCGCGGUGUCAACCUCUCAGGAAACUGUAAGACGCCGAUCCAUGAUACAUUUCCUGACAAUCCCGCUGCGGUUACGUUUGUGAAUAGACCUUUCCCAAUAGAAGACGCACCACAGCAUUUUGCUCGACUUCGUCGUUGGGGACUAACCUUCGUUCGCUUCCUUGUCACAUGGGAAGCUGUGGAACACGCCGGACCUGGAGAAUAUGACUAUGACUACCUCAAUUAUCUUAAGCAGGUCCUGGCCCUCCUUCCUCAAUACGGCCUCUCUUGUUUCGUUGCGCUUCAUCAAGAUGUCUGGUCACGGUACUCUGGUGGCAGUGGGGCACCGGCUUGGACAAUAGAAUCUGCAGGCUUUGACUUAGAUGCACUAGAAGAAUCUGGAAGUGCUUGGUUGAAUGGUCUGCGAGUGAAAACUGCAGAAGGAAAAUAUGAUGAGGAAGAUCGAGGAACUGUGAAGCCGGAAGAGAGGGGAUUAUGGUCGACUGGGUAUCAGAAGUUGGCUGCUGCUACAUUAGCGACCUGUUUCUGGGCAGGAGAUACAUUUGCGCCUAAGGCCAAGGUCAAACGCAGGACGAAAACUGGAAACGAGGAGGAAGUGUCAAUACAGCAAUUCCUGCAGGACGAUUUUCUUGACAUGUGGGAAGUACUUGCUGACACUGUUGGUCACCUUCCUGGGGUGCUGGGCUUCGAAAUCAUGAACGAACCUCAUCGUGGAUACGUUGAGCUUCAGUCUAUGUACGGGUGGGACUACAAUACUGAUCUUCACCUUGGCGCUAUCCCCUCGCCUCUCCACUCCUUUACUCUUGGAGCGGGGUAUUCAACGAGCGUUCCUCAUUACACACGUUCAUUCCCCAUGCCUACUCGACACACGUCCUCCGUUACGCUCAAUACCGCCGGUCGGAAGGUAUGGCGAGAGGAUGGUGUUACGGAAGGGAAGUGCAUAUGGGAAAUGCAUGGCGUCUGGGGUUGGGAUGAGCAGAAGAAGGAAGGGAUUGUACUCAGGGAAAAUUACUUCAAGAGGCAUCCUUUGACUGGGAAGCCGGUUGAUUGGUAUAACGACUUUUACUUCCCUUUCCUCAGUCGAUGGGCCGAUCGAGUGCGAACUGUUGUUGAUAAUGACAAAAUGGUAUUCGUAGAGGCUAUACCGAAUGAGUUCUGUCCAAGCUCAUGGACGCCUGACCACCAACCAGGUAACUUAGUCUACGCACCACAUUGGUAUGACCUUAAUGCCUUGUUCAACAAAGCGUUCGGGGACUUCUCCGUCAAUGUUCAGGGCCUCUCGCGGGGCAUGUUCCUGUUGAAGGCUUUUUACUGGGGCCACAUCGGUGCUCGCAAUAAUUUCUCGCUUCAGAUCAAGAACCUUGCGGAAGCCGCGUAUCGUUCACUGGGCGAGAAACCAGUGUUGAUCGGGGAGUGCGGUAUUCCCAUGGACAUGAAUCAGGGUGAAGCGUUUGAAAGCGAAGAUUGGACCUGGCAAAAUAGGAUGAUGGACGCCAUGAUCACGGCGCUGGAGCGCUCCUUUAUUGGAUUCACGUAUGUUCUGUUCCGUCUGUGCGGGAGCGAACAGUUUAACUCGUCUUGUGUCUGCAGGCUAUGGAACUACAACCCCUCCAACUCGGACCUCCAUGGUGACACAUGGAAUGGAGAGAACUUCUCCUUCUUCGCUCAACGUCGUGCUCUUCCUCCUUCUCUUCUGACGCUCGAUCAGACUUCGCCCACUCUGGAUAACGGCGCUCGCCUUCUGCGUGCAGUUGUCAGACCGUAUGCGGCUAAAGUUGCAGGUAUACCUCUGAAGUGGAAGUAUGAGCUCAACACUGGAGAUUGCGAGCUUGAGUGGAUGGUGCCCUACUCGAAUGGCCAUGAAGACUCGCAGGCAAAAGGUGGCCCUACAGUCGACCAACCGCCACUUGUCGGUCACCCAACUCUCACGUCAAACACGACAGAGAUUUUCUUUCCUCACAUACUUUCCCAAGACCGCACGCUCUCCGUCUCUUCACCCCUGGACUCAUCUUCCGCUUCGCCGACGUUCACCUCAGAAUAUGUGCCCUCUCUCCAGACGCUCUACAUUCAACAAUUAGACAUGACUCCUGGGAAGAAGUAUCAUAUAAAGAUUAGGCUUGACCCUAGCUUGAAGCAGGCCUUCGAGUUAAAUGAUUUCUGGACGGACUUUAUUGGACAUAUCUAUUUGGGCGGCGGCUUUAUAUUUGCUAUAGCUGCAUGGUUCUUUGUUGGAUUCCUUUGAUACCGUCAGGACACUGCUAUCACCCCAGUGUUAUCGUUGCUUCCACUUAUUUACACCUGUCUUGUUCCCUAUAACUGCAGUAUACAACUAUGUACUGUACUACAGUUUCGGCCUUCGUAAUGAGGCGAUGAUUAUAACAGCCGGACGCUAGUCGGCAAGUCCCGGCUGUUUUUCCGACGAAGAGUUCCCUCGGACCUCAGCCCCAGCUUGUCUCCAACCUCAAUCAUGUGGGGAACUUUUUUUCUUUCGCACUGUAUCAUUCCGGAUACUUAUGCUGGUGUACAACGAGGAGGCCAGACACCUAUGGAAUGUUGCUGCUGUUGUCAACUCCUGCUGGAGUCCGACAGAUCUUCCAUUCAGUGAACUUUGACGUUGUCUUGUGGCCGAAAUCUGUGGCCAUCUGGCGUGAGACUUGGAAACGAAUAUCUGUUGUUCUUUUAUGCGUCUUCCGAAGACAACUUGCGAACUUCGGUUGUUCUCUCUCUUGGCAUCUAACCGUUCCUCAAAUACCGUUCAACUUGUUCUAACCAUAACUAUGUUCAAUUUGCUGUCUGACUCGAUUCUGCUACACAUUCGUACUUUCAUCCUCGGAGACAUAUCUACUCAUGUUUCACUCUCCC